UGUUUUAGGUCUUCAGAAGGUGGCGCCUUAGAUCUUCAGAAUGAAUGCGUUGAUACUUCUAGAAUCUAGCAUCUGUGGGGCCAACACAAAACGCUGAACCUGGUCUCUUUCUCUGAAGUGCGUUUCGUGUAAAAUGACGAAAGGCACAUCAAGUUUCGGUAAACGACGUAAUAAGACACACACGUUGUGUAGAAGAUGUGGCAAUAGCUCUUACCACAUACAAAAGUCGCAAUGUGCACAGUGUGGAUAUCCCAAGAAGAAGAUGCGUUCAUAUAACUGGUCGGUCAAAGCCAAGAGGAGGAAGACUACUGGCACUGGCCGCAUGCGCCGCUUGAAGAUUGUUCGCCGCAAGUUCAAAAAUGGGUUCAGAGAAGGCGUGCCAAAACCUAAAGCUGUUGCGGCAAAGUAAAACAUUAUUGUGUAAUUAAGAUAUACAAUUCUGAUUACUAAUAAAAAUAAAAAAAUCCACAUACUA